CAGUCCGGGAUUUCCCGGGGUUACCCUUCGAGAGAGUGAGCGCUCACUUGCAGUAUUCAGUCUCACUGCCUCCUUUGUGUGUGCUUGCUCACCCUGGGGCGUUCAUAAGCCAAAUAAUUUGAGUUUUCCACGACGCAGGCGAACUGUUUGACCAUGUCUGUAGGACUGGAGCCCGGUUUCUCCAACGACGAGGUGCUGAACAUACGUUACCCGCUUCAUCGCGCGUGCAGGGAUGGAGACGUCGGCGCGCUAUGCUCGCUGCUCCAGCGCUCCACCGACCAGGCGGACCUGCUUACCGAAGACUCGUUUUACGGCUGGACCCCCAUUCAUUGGGCAGCACACUUCGGGAAGCUGGAGUGUGUUACAAGGCUGGUGCAGGUGGGUUGUGAAGUAAAUGCUCUGACCACACGGUUUGCCCAGACCCCAGCUCACAUUGCCGCGUUUGGAGGACAUCCAGAAUGCUUGCUGUGGCUAUUACACACAGGGGCAGAAAAAAACCGACAGGAUUAUGUGGGUGAAGCACCCAUUCACAAAGCAGCACGGGCCGGUAACAUGGAGUGCAUUAAUGUCUUGUUGAUCCAAGGAGCCAAACCGGACUUGAGGAAUGCAAAUGGUUUGACUGCAGCAGAUCUGGCCCAUGCUCAAGGCUUCCAUGAUUGCGCUCAGCUCCUCUCUAAUGCACACAACCAGCUAACUCAGAUAAAUGGAUUUGCCCAUAAUGGGAGUGACCAUUCGCACAUCCAGGGCCGCAGUCUUCUGAAUGGGACAGCCAAUAGAAAAAGAGUUCUUGAUUGCACCGAGCCAAACCACGUGAAGAAAGCAAGAACUGAGAGCAUGAAUUUUUCAGCGAAGACAAACAACGGAAUUGGAGAGGAGCUUGAGAGUAUGAUUGUGGAAUCAACUGCUGACAACCAAUCAGAUGAAGCCAUAGCCACAGGUUUGAGGAAUGGUCAUGGGCAGCAGAACAGUUUCACUAUCAACAGCUUCGCCACAAAUGGGCAGUGCAAUCAGUCCCAGUUCAAUGGGGUCGAGACCAUUCCAGCUGAGUCAAGAAUGGACAUGUGUGGCUCACUGCACCUCAAUGGUAGCCCAAGCAGCUGUGUAUCUCACCGGCCUGCAUGGGGUGCGUUCCUGCCUGACUCCGGUGAACAUCUGCACUAUGGACACUACCAUGGCUUUGGAGAUACGGCAGAGGACCUGGAAGAUGCUAGCAGCUGUCAGGAGCACAGCACUAUCUUGAAGUUAGAGCAGCACUGUGACCAAGAAGUUCUCAGUGCUGUGCAGCUGUUCCAUGGAUCAUAAAGUGAAAAUGAUUUCCGUCCAUUUGAUUACAAGUGGUCACAUUGAUGGCAGCACUAUCCGCCUUAAACUGAGGGGUUAUCUUGCACCUUAACGCAGGCUGUUUUGUUUUUGGAUUUUCUUUUUGAUAAAGGGGACAGUCUUUCUACCAAAAGGGAGAAAUUGUAUUGCAUUUUAUAUCUGAGCUAAUGACUCUAUUUUAUUAUAUGUAUGUAUGUGUUUGAACUCAGCCUAGAUAUCUGGGUGCAUUUCUUUUUGCCCUUUAAUGCAAUGUUAGAGUGUUAAGUUGUGCAAGAAGUAGAUUUUUAUGUGGAUUAACUGAGUUUGUAGUUUUGUGCCAAUGAAUACUAGCUUUUUGAAAAAGGAGACUUUUGUAUAUGAUUGUUUUGAUGAUUUUUUUUCUUUUCUUUUUUUCUGAGAAGCGAAGCUGACAUGCUUACUGUUAAACAGUGUUUUGUUUUCAGAAAAAGAAAGCUUAAGAUGUGUAACAUUCCUUUAUCUUUGUACCCUUUGUUCUAAUUAAAAAAUAUCAAAAGAA